GUAAUACUCCUCGGAGGGCUUGGCGGGGGCGGGGCCGGAAGUGGUUCUCCUGAGGAACGUCUUCUGGGCGCAGGCGUCGUCUUCUGAGGGGAUUUGGAGGCUCCCUUCAGGGCUGACAGGCACUUUCAGUGUAUUAUAUUCUUGCCUUUGGAUAAACUCUUCAUCCACUUUGGAGGCACUUGAGAAGCACUGAACAAAGAUGGAAAGGCAAGAGCCAGCUGGCUUCCAAUUAUAAGCAUUUUCUGCUAUUGAGGCAGAGAGUGGUGGAGCAUUCUGGAAGGACCUUUGGAAGCACAACCUGGAAAGCAGUCUGCUACGUUCAUACCUUCAGUGCCAGCUCUUUCAGCAUUUCCGCUAUGAGGAGGCCUUGGGGCCCCGAGUGGUUUGCAGCCGCCUCCACUCUCUCAGCCAUCUGUGGCUGAAGCCAGAGAAGAAUCCCAGAUGCUGGACCUGGUGAUCCUGGAGCAGUUCCUGGCCGUCCUUCCUGCGGAGAUGGAGGGCUGGGUGAGGGAAUGUGGGGCAGAGACCAGUUCCCAGGCCGUAGCUUUGGCUGAAGGAUUCCUCCUGAGUCGGGCAGAAGAGGAGAAAGUUCUGCAGGAAGAGCGGCAGGAGAGAGAGGUCCUUCAGGCCCAGGAGACCCCAUUGGAGACCAGCCAGGGCUUCACUUCCAGGUGGAUCAAGCUGGAGAAGGACACAAGCGUUGCUCCACCAGGGGAGGAACCAAGGAUCCUAGGAAGCUCAUCUGUUUCUGAAGCUGGAGAAAGGGCCUCCAUGGAACAGGAUCAGUUUCAGGUGACUUUUGAGGAUGUGUCUGUUCAUUUCAGUGAGGAAGAGUGGGUCCUGCUAGAUCUGGAUGAACAGGCCCUGCACUGGGAGGUCAUGAGAGAGAAUUAUGAGAUGUUGGCUUCUUUAGAUGGUGCUGGAAAGGAGAGUGAAACUGGGGGAGCAUUAUGUAAAGUGUGGCUGGAAGCAACAAGAUAUAAAGACCGGGAAGAGGGAAACCUGGAAAUGGGAACUGAAGACUAUAGAAGGAACCAGUGCCCUCCCCACACCAGGGAAACUACAAUCCAAGAAACAGUAGACGAAAGCAGCGUGAUCAAGAACUGUCCUAUCUUUGAGAAUGGCUUCUUCAAUGAGUCAUCAUGCCUCUGUAUCACAAACGAUAUAGAGAAAGGACAAGCUAAAUGCCAACAAUUGAGAGAAGGCUUUGGAUCUAGUAUACUCAUUACAAACUAUGAAAAACCACAAAUAAUGGACAAACCAUAUAAAUGCCCGGAGUGUGAAAAAUGUUUCCCUCGUAAAGGAAGUUUGAGAAGACACCGAAAAUCCCACUUGGGAGAGAAACCAUAUAAAUGCCUAGAGUGUGGGAAAGGAUUUACUGAAAAGAGAACUCUUAUUGGACAUGAAAGGAAUCACAGAGGAGAGAAGCCCUAUAAAUGCCUGGAGUGUGGGAAGAGUUAUAGUCUUAAAUCCGUUCUUAUAACUCACCAGGACAGUCAUACAGGAGAGUGUGGGAAGAGUUUUAGCUACCAGUUAGACCUCAAUAAUGUCCAAGAUAGUCAUAUAGAAGAUAAAUCAAAGACAUGUCUAGACUGUGGGAAGAGCUUCCGUCGGAGAGCAAACCUCAGGAAGCACCAGAAUAUCCUCACAGCAGAGAAGCCGUAUAAAUGCCUGGAGUGUGGCAAAGGCUUCCGUCAAAAAGAUGCCCUAAGCAGACACCAGAUAACUCACACGGGAGAAAAGCCAUACCAAUGCCUGGAGUGUGGGAAAUGCUUUCAUCAUAAAGGAGCUCUAAGCACACACACAAAAAUGCAUAUAGAAGAGAAGCCAUAUAAAUGCCUGGAGUGUGGGAAAGGCUUCUGUCAAAUACGAGCCCUAAGCAGACACCAGAUAACUCACACCGGAGAAAAGCCAUAUCAAUGCCUGGAGUGUGGGAAAUGCUUUCGUCGAAAAGGGGCCCUAAGCAGACACGAAAAAACUCACACAGGAGAGAAGGCAUAUACAUGCCUGGAGUGUGGGAAGGGCUUUAUUGACAAGAGAAGUUUCAUUGGGCAUGGGAUGAUCCACAGGGGAGAGGCACCCUAUAAGUGCCAGGAGUGCGGCAAGGGCUUUAUCUACAAGAGAAGUCUUUCCCUGCAUGAGAUGAAUCACAGAGGAGAUAAACCCUAUAGUUGCCUAAAGUGUGGGAAGAGCUUUAGCAGCCAAUCUAUUCUCAAAAAUCACCAGGAUAUUCAUAUAGAAGAAAAGCCAUGCACAUGCCUGGAAUGUGGGAAGAGCUUCAGUAGGAGAAAAAGCUUUAAGGUCCACCAAAAACUCCAUAUGGGAGACAAACCAUAUAAAUGCCUGGAGUGUGGUAAAGCCUUUACUAAGAGGAAAUAUCUUAUUGGACAUAAAAUGCAUCACAGAGGAUAGAACUAUCAAUGUCUAGAAUCUGGAAAGAGUUUUAUGUUCAAAUCACGUCUCAAAACUCACAAGGACAGAAAGCAUACGCCUGCCAAGAGUGUGGGGAAGAGUUCAGUCUUCAAAAUAGCCACACAAUGAGGAAAACACAUCUGGACAGAAGACCGUUCUGGUCUUUGUGUUGAUUCCCUCUUGAUCAGUGUAAAACUGAGCCCCCGGUGGCACAGUGGGUUAAAGCCUUGUGACUUGAAGGUUGGGUUGCCGACAUACAAUAUAUUAUAUCGUCAUUAUAGUACAAUAUAAGCAUUAUAUAUUACUAUAUUGUACUAUACCACUAUACUGUAAUAGUAUUACUAAUAUUACGGAGCCCCCAGUGGCAUAGUGGGUUAAAUCCUUGCAACUUGAAGGUUGGGUUGCUGACCCGAAGGCUGCCAGGUUCGAAUCCAAUCCGGGGAGAGCGCGGAUGAGCUCCCUCUAUCAGCUCCAGCUCCCCAUGCAGGGACAUGAGAGAAGCUUCCCACAAGGAUGGUCAAAACAUCAAACAUCUGGGCAUCCCCUGGGCAACGUCCUUGCAGAUGGCCAAUUCUCUCACACCAGAAGCGACUUGCGGUUUCUCAAGUCGCUCCCAACACGAAAAAAGUGGGUCUUCUUUUGGCACACUUUAAGGAAUAGUACUGGCCAUGUGGAAUUGUCGAUGCCUCACCAGCAAAUAUGAUGUCGUAUCCACACUAUUUUCCUCAUUUUUGGAUGUAAGUUCUUUUUUGUGCUUGUUUUAGAAUGUCAGCUGAAAUUUGCUUAAUUUCUUCUGUCCUUUUGCAGUGAAAUAAAGGUAUUUUAUGGCCUCAUGGUGUAACGAUUUGAGCAUUGGACUGUCCCUCUGGAAAUCAGGGCUUGAAGCCCUAUUUGGCCCUGGAAGCCCACUGGUUGGCCACGAGCAGGUUGUAUCGAGUCAUCACAAAGGCCAAUGUCAACCCCCCUCAGGACAAAUCCUGCCAAGUCAACCCCAAACAUCUGAAACAACUUUAAGACAUAGAACAAUAUGCUCAGUCAGAUAUACAGGCAUCCUCUGCCAUUCAAUAGACAAAAGCUCCAUCCCUGACCCAAUAGCAUUGCAAAACCUUCAUGGUCCAGCUGUGCCCAAACCAAUUCAGCCUGGCUGACCUGUCAAGCCUAUUUUUAAGUUUUUGGAUGAGGACUGGAAUGCUCUGCAAGGUAGGAGAAUCAAUCUUCCACAGCUUCAGAUUGUUUGGGUUGCUUUGCUAGCUUGGGGGCAAAAAAAAUUGCCACAAAUUGCUUGAAAAGGACAUUUUCAAAAUUUCCUGGCCUCAAGGACAACAUGCAACCCAUGGGCCAAACGUUGCCUACCCUUAGGUUAAAUCUCAUGGAAAGUUUUCUAAGAAGAGAGCCUCCCCAUCCAUCAAUACGGUUACAGAAUGGAAGAUGGUAGAAAUGGUCUCCCUGGCUAUUAAAGCUUCACCUGGGGCAGGGCUGUGUUCUCCUCCCCUUGUAGAAAUGCUUGGAGGAUGGAAGGAGGUUUCCUCACCUUGGGAUUUCUCUUACCUUUGCCUUCAGGUAGAUGUGAAGUCACAUCAAUGCUGUGAGUAUGGAAAGACCCACAAAGUGGAUUCAGGACUUUUAAUAGCAAGAAAUUAAUAUAUUUUGUAAACACCCCUUUUCUCCGUAUAGAAAUGUGUUCUAGUUCAGCAAAUACCAUUUUUUAAAAUCAGCCUGUUGACAAAAGACACUUUACAGUUGAGACUGAAGAAGUCCUGAACAUCUAAUGGUAUAUCUACUUUGUGAUUGUUAUGUAUUUUAUAUUGUUGUAUUUUAUAUUGUGUCUUUUAUACUGUGUAUUUUAUACCACUGUAUUUUAUUUAUUGUAUGCUGUUGGGCUUGGCCCCAUGUGAGCUGCCCCUAGUCCCCUCAGGGAGAUGGGGCAGGAUAUAAAAAUAAAGUUGUUGUUAUAUUAUUA